CCUCCGCCGCCGCCCGCGCCGGCCGCCUGUCUCCGCGCCGGGCAUGUCUCGGGAGCCGGGGCGGCCCGGGCCGCGGGCGCUGUGCAGCGCAUGGACGGCGGCGGCUGCGGCGGGCGAGCAAGGGGAGGAUCAGGCUCGGGCGGCCGAGGAGGCGGCGAUCUGCGGCGGGGAGCACUACGGGCGCGAGGGGACGUCCGGCCGCCGGCGACGCUCGGGCCCCACUACUUUCCCGUAGCCUCCCAGCCUCGGCAGGCAGCGCGGCCACCGCCGCCACGGCCACGGCCACGGCCACGGCCGCCGCCCGCCGGGCCCCCCGAGCGCCGCGCACGCCCGCACUCUCUCCCGCCAGCCCACGCACACGCACACCCCCGCCCUCCCCACGCCCCCCGCCCCGGGAGGGGGGGAGCGAGGCAAAAAGUAAGAGAGGAAAAAAAAUUGCAGGAAGAUGGCGCCCACCAAGCCCAGCUUUCAGCAGGAUCCUUCCAGGCGAGAACGAAUAACUGCGCAGCAUCCUCUGCCCAACCAAUCAGAAUGUAGGAAAAUCUACAGAUAUGACGGAAUCUACUGUGAAUCUACCUACCAGAAUUUACAAGCAUUAAGAAAGGAGAAGUCCAGAGAUGCUGCUCGUUCCCGUCGAGGAAAAGAAAACUUUGAGUUCUAUGAAUUGGCCAAGUUGUUGCCUCUUCCAGCAGCCAUCACCAGCCAACUGGACAAGGCAUCCAUCAUACGACUCACAAUUAGCUAUCUCAAAAUGAGGGACUUUGCCAACCAAGGGGACCCUCCAUGGAACUUGCGGAUGGAAGGCCCUCCACCAAACACCUCAGUCAAAGGGAUACAAAUGUGGAAAUCUGAACUCUGCAUGAGAAAGACACCAUGUGAAGUUAUAGGUGCACAGCGAAGGCGAAGCCCCAGUGCACUAGCCAUUGAAGUAUUUGAAGCACAUUUGGGAAGCCACAUUUUACAGUCCCUGGAUGGCUUCGUAUUUGCACUAAAUCAAGAAGGAAAAUUUUUGUACAUUUCCGAAACCGUCUCUAUCUACCUAGGCCUCUCACAAGUGGAGCUGACAGGAAGCAGUGUCUUUGACUAUGUCCACCCCGGGGAUCACGUGGAGAUGGCUGAGCAGCUGGGCAUGAAGCUCCCGCCUGGGAGGGGCCUCCUGUCGCAGGGCUCCGCUGAGGACGCAGCCAGUUCAGCAUCUUCCUCAUCUCAGUCAGAGACCCCUGAGCCAGUGGAGACAACCAGCCCCAGUCUGCUAACCACUGACAACACCCUUGAGCGGUCCUUUUUCAUCCGAAUGAAAUCCACUCUGACCAAACGCGGAGUACACAUCAAGUCAUCAGGAUAUAAGGUGAUUCAUAUAACCGGCCGGCUUCGACUCAGAGUGUCGCUAUCCCACGGGAGGACAGUCCCCAGCCAAAUCAUGGGACUCGUGGUGGUGGCUCAUGCCUUGCCUCCCCCUACGAUCAAUGAAGUCAGAAUUGACUGCCAUAUGUUCGUCACUCGAGUAAACAUGGACCUCAAUAUCAUUUACUGUGAAAAUAGGAUCAGUGACUACAUGGAUCUGACCCCUGUAGACAUUGUAGGGAAAAGAUGUUACCACUUCAUCCAUGCCGAAGAUGUGGAAGGCAUCAGGCACAGUCACCUGGACUUGCUGAAUAAGGGUCAGUGUGUGACGAAGUACUAUCGCUGGAUGCAGAAGAAUGGAGGCUACAUCUGGAUACAAUCUAGUGCCACCAUAGCUAUUAAUGCCAAGAACGCGAACGAGAAGAAUAUCAUCUGGGUGAAUUAUCUCCUUAGUAACCCUGAGUACAAAGACACGCCCAUGGACAUUGCACAGCUCCCACAUUUGCCAGAGAAAACUUCAGAAUCCUCUGAGACAUCCGACUCUGAAUCAGACUCUAAAGAUACCUCAGGUAUAACAGAGGACAACGAGAACUCCAAGUCCGACGAGAAGGGCAAUCAGUCCGAGAACAGCGAAGAUCCAGAACCUGACCGCAAGAAGUCAGGCAGUGCGUGUGAUAACGACAUGAACUGCAACGACGACGGCCACAGCUCCAGCAACCCGGACAGCCGCGACAGCGACGACAGCUUCGAGCAUUCAGACUUUGAGCACCCCAAGGCGGCCGAGGAUGGCUUCAGCUCACUCGGCCCCAUGCAGAUCAAAGUGGAGCGCUACGUAGAGAGCGAGGCAGACCUGCGGCUGCAGCCCUGCGAGUCGCUCACGUCGGACAGUGCCAAGGACUCGGACAGCGCGGGCGAGGCAGGCGCACAGGCGUCCAGCAAGCACCAGAAGCGCAAGCGGCGGCGGAAAAGGCAGAAGGGUGGCAGCGCCAGUCGCCGGCGCCUGUCCAGCGCGUCCAGCCCGGGCCUGGACGCCGGCCUGGUGGAGCCGCCGCGAUUGCUGUCAUCACCGCACAACGCCUCGGUGCUCAAGAUCAAGACAGAGAUUGCGGAGCCCAUCAACUUCGACAACGACAGCAGCAUCUGGAACUACCCGCCCAACCGGGAGAUCUCCAGGAAUGAGUCCCCGUACAGCAUGACCAAACCCCCCAACUCUGAGCACUUCCCAUCCCCGCAGGGCCAGGGUAGCGGUGGCGGUGGUGGUGGUGGUGGUGGCGGCGGCGGCGGCGGGGGAGCACUGCACGUGGCCAUCCCCGACUCGGUCCUCACCCCACCAGGCGCCGAUGGCACCGCCAGCCGCAAGACUCAGUUCAGCGGCUCGGCUCCAGUGGCCUCCGACCCGCUGUCGCCCCCACUCUCGGCAUCCCCGCGAGACAAGCACCCCGGGGGCGGGGCAGGGGGCGGCGGGGGUGGCCCUGGUGCGUCCAACUCCUUGCUGUACACUGGGGACCUGGAGGCCCUGCAGAGGUUACAAGCAGGCAACGUCGUGCUUCCGCUUGUGCACCGGGUAACAGGGACCCUGGCGGCCACCAGCACGGCUGCACAGAGGGUCUACACCACUGGCACCAUCCGCUAUGCUCCUGCUGAGGUGACCCUGGCCAUGCAGGGCAACCUGCUACCCAACGCGCAUGCUGUUAACUUCGUAGAUGUUAACAGCCCCGGCUUCGGCCUUGACCCCAAGACGCCAAUGGAGAUGCUCUACCACCACGUGCACCGGCUCAAUAUGUCAGGACCAUUUGGCAGUGCUGUGAGCGCAGCCAGCCUCACACAGAUGCCGGGUGGCAAUGUGUUCACCACGGCUGAGGGACUCUUCUCCACGCUGCCCUUCCCGGUCUACAGCAAUGGCAUCCAUGCGGCACAGACUCUGGAGCGCAAAGAAGACUGAGUGGGCGCCCCACUUGGAGGCAUCAUAGGCAUUUUUUGUUUAGACCUUUCAUUCUAGCACUUUGAAUUGGAGCAGGUCAGCGUCUUCUCGCAACACGGCGGCCCCCUUCCAUCCCUCUCUUUCUUUCAUUGGACUUAUUCUUUCUUGUAAAGACAUGUUUAUUUUUUUGCCUUCAGAGGGUCAGAGGACCGGUUGCCUGCCAUUUUGUCUUCUAAGAUAUGUGUUGGGUUGUUUGGCUUUCCCUUGCAUCUUUACUAAGAUGUCGUUAAUGUGUAUAUGCCUCUGCCAUAGAAUACUCAGUCUUGUGGUCAAGAGAUUUCUCAAGUGACAACCAUUGGGUUUUUCUUCCUAAAGAUCUUGAUAUGAUCAAGAUGAAAAGAGACAAGCAUAAAUGAUUGUGCCCUGUUUGACUAAGUCAAAUGAAAUGGGAUGGGUGUUUUUAGUUUUCCUGUCCCUAAUUCCUUCGAAAAUAGGGGAAUAGUAUUUUAGAAUUUUAUGCAGAGUUUAAUUCUUUUUAUGAUUAAGAUUUUAAGAUUUUCUUACUUGCACAUAAAAAUAAUUUGGGUUCUUAAACUUAAUUUCUGGCCUGUGACUAGAAUGUUUAAAAAAAAAAAAGUUGAACUAAGUGGUAAUUACUGAAACAUUAACUUAAUUUCUAAAACCAUGGUGCUAUCAUUUAUUAAUCUGUAAUGUCUUCAUUCAAAAUGCAGCUCCCGGGCUGGGUUUUGGAAAAGAAACUGUGUCCUGUCCUGGUCCAGAGCCCCAUUGCUACAGUCUCCUUGGUUAGUUUAAGACAAAGCCCUCAUUAACAUUUGCUGCAGGACUUAAAUUUACCUCCCAACUAACAAACAUAGCCUCGCUUUCGAAUUAGUGGGUCAGUAAAGCCCUAUUAAAAGGGGGCUUUUGGACAACUCGGACUGAUUUGAGGAGCUGUUUAAGU